UGAAAAUCUAUAAAAAUAAAUUAAUAUAAUAGUUUUAAGAAUAUAAGAGAUAUAUGUAGUAUUCUUAAAAUCUAGUUUAAAAUGAUUAAAAUAUACAAUUCCAAUAACAUUAAUUUUAAUGGAUUUGUUAAAAUCCAACUUUUUGAAGAACAACAAAUUGCAUAUAGAAUUCAAAACCAUCAAACUAAUAACACUAAAUUUUAUUAAAAAUACGAGAAUCUAUAAACUAAUAUAAUCCAUUAUUUAGCUAAACUAAAAUGUCAUUUAAUUAAAUCAACCUUUUGAUUUGAAUAAAGAAUAAUAUCAUAUGCAUGAAAUUUCUCUCUUUUGCAGUCAAAAUUAAAGAUAAACAUUAAACACACACACAGAGAGAAAAACGAGUAAGGCAGUAAGCCAUCAUGGAAAAUGAAAUAAACCUUGCUUCUCCCGCAAGAAAGUCAAUCAGUAAAGAAAAUACAACUGGGAUGAGAGAUGACGUUUUAUUAAAUGGAAACUAUUCUAUUCGUCCCAGGAGAAUAAAAAAAGUUUCAACUAUACGUGAUCUGAUCAUUUUAUCACAUUGAAUGAGAUCUGGUCAAAUCCUCCAAUCUAUUUGUUUAUACAAAAAAUCACAUAUAUAGUUUUAAGACAAGUCUCAUUAUGAUAACUAUAAAGCCGACUCUCUUGUCGGAAUACUAAAUCCUCCUAACAACUCCUCCAUAACCAAAAACCUUCAACCUCUCCAAUCCUUACACACACACAAAGAACCAGUCAAUAUGUUGAGUCCCUUUUCUUCACCGAAGAGAUCGAGGAAAGAAAGCAAAGAAAGCAAGAACCCUUAUUCAAAUCGUGGUCUUGACAAGUUCUCUGCACUUCUAUCUGAGCUCGACGAGAAGAGACAGAGCAUUUACGCAAAUAGGCUAGACUCCGAUGGGCCUCCUCUUGUUCGGUUUGUGUUCAAAAGCUCCGGAGAAUGCGUUCCUGUCAUGAUCAAGACAAAGAAAAUAACCAAGAAGAAGGUAGAGACUCAAGAUGAUCUCAAGAUCAAGACCGAGUCAAAAACAAAGGAGGCAAAGGAAAUAAAGGAGACAGAGUCAGAAACAACGGAGAAGAAACAUAGAUGUGUAUUGAACGAGAAUCUGAAGAAGAUUUCAAGACCGAACCGUUUUUUACCCGUGACAGUGAUCUUGGUUCUAGUCUUCUUGGUGUUUUUUGGACGAACUGUUUCGAUCAUGUGCACUUGUAUCGUUUGGUACUUGGUUCCAAUGAUCAAAGAACAAAGCCGAAAGAAAGGAUCAACAUACAAGACCCAAAAGAAGAAGAAGAAAAUGAACGAGAGGAUGGCUCGUGACCAAAAUGUUCUCAAGGAGAAGCUUCCGCACCUGGCUGCUGCUCCUGGAUUCUUCAAAAGCAAAAGAGUAAGAAGUAUAUGCCAAAAGUGGCUGAAGAAACUAAAUUUUUAAAAAUCCUAAACCAGAAGUUCAUAAGAAGCAUGUUCCUGAAAUUGAAAAACAAAACAAAUAAAAUGAAACAUGUGGGGAAGAAAAAAAAUUAUUAACAAGGAUCAAACAUCUAUAUCUAUAUCGGCUGAAGAAUCAGGAAAUCUCCAAUUCAAAUUAUUAUUUUUUUUUUGUAGAAGAUGCUUGAAUUUUGAGGAUGAGAAUUUGAGACUAGAAAAAAAAACGGUAAGAGAGAUAAUGGUGAAUUAGCUGAUAAAAAAACAUUCUCAGAAUUUGAAAAUUUCCUUUGAAAAUGUGUAGCAUGUCUAAGAUAAAGCAUAUUAAAAUAACCAGUAAGAGAGGAAAUGGACAAUAAUAGCAUAUAAGAAAAGACGAGGAAAAAGAACCAUGAGAGAUUCAAUAUGAUGAGUUGUUUGAGUACCGGAAAGUGUAUUAGUUAUACAAUGACUGAUAAUCUUGCUAAACAUAUCUUAAGAUUUUUAAAAGCGAAAAAAGAAAAAAGUACAUGCCAAAAGUGAUUGAAAAAGCUAAACCAUAAGAUCCAAAACCCGAGACUCAUAAAAGCGUGAUUUCAUAAAAGCGUGAUUUUGAAAGUUAAAAAGCAUAACUAAUAAGAUGAAAUAUGCAUGAAAGAAAAAAAAAUUGUUAACAAAUAUCAAGAAUCUACACCAAUAAAAAGAUUUGUAGAAGGUAUUUGGAUUUUGAGGAUGAGGAAAAGAGUUUAAUAUCAAAAAUAUAUAAAACAGUCAAAUUUGAGAGAUAAUGAUGAAUUGGAUGAUAAAAUAAGACGUUCUCAAGAAUUGGAAACUUAUCUUGAAGUACCUAGCACAUAAAGAAAAAGUCAACUAAAAAGGUAAAUAGUGAAAAAGGAAUUGAAAAAUAAUGGCGCAAUAACUAAUCAGAGAAACAAAAAAAAGAUUAUUGGAGAUUUAGUAUGAUAUAUUGUGAGAGCACCAACAAGUACAUUGGUUGUACAAUGAAUUAACAAUUUUGAUGAAUCUAUCAUCAAAAUUUCUUACAUUCCAAAACUGGUUGAAAAAUGAAACUGUAAGAGAGAUUCAAACAAUAAAUUUAAAGGAAGUAUUGUUAUCAUAAUUAUUUGAUAAGUGUAUGAAUCAAAUUCAGAAAUUGAAAUCUCUAAAACACAAUGUUUUAUUGUGGUUUCUUUUGUGCAUUAACAAAAAAUAAAGGUAGGAUUUUCAUCUAUUUAUCUUAUUAUAUAAAAUUUGGCUCUCAAAGUUGCUAAUUAACAUAAUCCUUGAACAUGAUCAUGACACGUGUCAAUAAAAUUUGUAACAUGUAUCAAAAUAUGAUGCAAAUAUAUUUUGUUUAAAAUCUAAAAAAAAUUAAAAAAU